GAAAUAUUUACACCCUAUGUGCAGCUAGAGAAUCAAUGAAAUCCCCUUUGCUGGUGAACUUGUAUUGGACGAAUGCUCUCUGUAUUUUGAUUUCGAAUCAAAACCCAUCACAAAAGGGUUUGACAUUUAUUUCUGGAAGAUGGUGUUUCGCCAGAAUUCUACACUGUUCAUUCAAUUCUCUGAGAAAAACAAGAUUGAAUUCAAAAACCAGGGUUCUUUGAUUUACCAUCAGAGAGAGACAAAACACAAAAGAGAAAGAGAAAGAGGGAGAAGAAGAAGAGUAAAUUAUCUUGGGGUAUUCUGGAGUUAAAGAUAAGGGAUUUUUUUUUUUUGAUGAAAUGGAGAAACCAGCAGCUGAAAGGAAAUAUCAAAUGGAGGAAGAAGAACAAGACAGAAAUUCGAGGGAAGGUCCGGAGUCAAGUUCAAGUGAACCCCUUGAUGCAAAAAAAUUGAGAAGAAUGGCCCAGAAUGGAGAAUCAUCAAGAACUUUAAGAUUGAGAAAAAAAGGUUAUGUGCAGCAGCUUGAGACCAGUAGGAUUGUUGAACCAGCAGCUGAAGAAGAACAAAACAGAAGAUUGCGCAUUCCAUGUGAAAAUUCAAAAAGAAAAAAGAAAAGCUCUUCAAGUCAAGAGAAGUUUUCUGCAGCAGGAACAAUCCCGAGGGAAGUAAUGUCUUUCAGUUCUCCUUAUCCUUUCUUCUGGACCUCAAUGAAACCCUCCAACGUUGGAUUGAGGUUUCGUAUGGUGACUUGAUAAAUCAUGUAUCAUGAUUUUGAAGUAAAUGUUUUUUUUUUAUUUUGUGUACAUAGAGAAAUACCUCUAUAAUUGUACAAAAUUAUUAUGUCUUUCCAUUACAGACAAUACCACUUAAAUUUGUAAGAGAACAUCUUCUAGCUGAGGUAACAAAUCCAGAUGGCGUAUUGGACGUCUUGCUGCAAAAUGAGGAAGGUCUCAGGUGGGAGGUUGUUGUCAGACCAAAUGGAAUUGAUCGAUAUGCAUUCUUUAAAGGCUGGAAAAACUUUGCCACAGACAACAAGCUAAAAAUUGGCGAUUGUGUGAUUUUCGAACCAAUUGACAGACUUCCAGAUUCAACGUUUGCAAUGAACGUCCAUAUGCGUCGUAUUUCAGAGAACUUUGCUUCAGCAGUAGCAGUCGAGAGCAAAGUCAAUUCUUUCAAUUCUCCCUUGCCUUCCUUCCGGAUCUCUAUAAAGCCUUCCAACAUGUUCGGUAGUAAUAUACCGGUUAAAUUUGCAAGAGAACAUAUUCCGACAAAGUGUUGGGAAGAAAGAAUGGAUCAAGUCUUACUACAAAAUGUGGAAGGCCGCAGUUGAGAGCUUCGUGCCAGGUUAGAUGGAUGUGAAAAGUACUCCCUCCAUUCUUUUUUAAUAGGCCAGUUUCUAUAAAUAAAAGUUUCAAAAAAA